AUGGAGGGUCUCCGAAAAGAGCGAUUGCUCGGCCCGACAGAUGGUGAUGAUGUGAACGUGGUGGCUGGUCAAGAUGCCAGCGACUCCGAUUCAGACGCGGAUAACGAAGACGUGAUGAACGCCAACGAAGUGGUCCUUGAAGUAGAAGGUGUAGAAGAUCUAGAAGACGUGUCUUUGAAUGAUGACAUCCCCGAGGAAGGACUCUUUGACCUGACUAGUGGUGAUUUGCGAGACAUCGCGGAGAAUGGAUGGAUUACUUAUGCCGAAGCGGAAAGUGGGAAUCUCCGGAUGGACGCUGCAACGGACUAUUACGACGGACCGUGCGGACCCACACGGUCUGCGGUCGCAUACGCAGACUCUCCAUUGACCAUGUUCUUCUACUUUUUACCGAAGGAGCUAUGGAUUCGAGUUGCUGAUGAGACGAACCGCUACCGAGAGCAGAAUAUUGGUGCUGUGGCAUUAUCUCGUCGAGCAAAGAUGCUUGCUCGCCAAGCUGAGGAUCCUCGCGUGAGUGUGCCCAACUUAGAAGAUAUCGAAGCCAAGUUGAGGAAAUUCAAGCGUAUUCAAGCUCAUGAGAUUUUGCACACGGGCUCUCCAACCACUGGAGAACUGAAGAAGAUGGAGCCAUUCCACGCGGGAUGUUCUCUCGCUUCAUGA